AUGGGAAAAGCAGAAAAUUUAUUUAUUGUUGGAAUGUUAUUAAUUUGUUUAAUCAGCGUGGUUUAUUGUAAUCUUGAAAAUGAUGCAAAUGUUCAAGAGUCGAGAACUUUUGGUCAUCAUUUCUUGAAACGAAUUAGUUUUGCAAUCAUUCCUGCAGCCUUUGUUGUUGGAAUGAUAACAACAUUGCUUGGAGCUUUAACUGUUGUUUCCAUCAAAAGUCUUGGAGUUGGUGUAAUUUUGUUGGUUCUAACCAUUGGCCAAAUGAUUGCAAGAGCUCUUCCAACUGCUGUGCCAUUGACAGCAGCAACAUAUCCACCAGCACAUUAUCCACUCGUUUAUUAAACUUGGUGAAGUAUCAAGUGGUUAGCGUGUAGUAAUUUAUUAAUUUAUUUAUAAUUCUUAAG